AUGAAUCAACUCUUCCACAACCUUGUGUCCUCGACCUACGGGCGGAUUGGACUUGUGUCUAGCGUGUUCCUCACGUUAUACGUACUUUACGUUUCCAUCUAUCGUCUCUACUUCCAUCCUCUGCGGAGCGUUCCAGGUCCUAGACUUGCUGCUUUGACGCAAUGGGUCGAGACGUACUAUGAGUGCUUCAAGGCGCCCGGUGGUCAAUUCAUGUGGGAAUACCAGAAAUGGCAUGAGAAAUACGGGCCUAUCGUGCGUGUUAGUCCAAACGAAGUACACAUCCAAGAUCCCACCUUCUACGAUACCCUGUAUGCGCAGUCUCGCCACUCGGACAAGCUCAAGCAUCUCGAGCACCGCUUCAACAAUGAGAUGUCUUCAUUUGCUACUGCUGAGCACAGUCUUCAUCGUCUCCGUCGUAGCGCGCUCAACCCCUUCUUCUCUAAACGUAAGAUUACUCAGUACUCGCCUCACGUCCAGAGUCAUAUGGAUCGUCUCUGCAAUCGCAUCGAUUCCGAAUUCGUCGCCAACGGGAAGACGAUGAAUCUGAAUAACAUGUGGGGUGCGUUCACCUCGGAUAUCGUGGUCGGAUAUUGUCUCGAGAAGCCGUAUGACUUCAUCCUGAACCCUGACUUUCGCGCUCAAUUCUCCGACGCCAUGGUUGAUCUUCUCGACCCUGUUCACUUCAUCACGCAAUUCCCAUGGAUGAUCAGAUCCCUGAAGCUACUCCCAGACUGGCUCGUCGUGCUCCUGUCGCCGCCAAUGCGCUCUGUCAUGACCUUCAACAAAGAGAUGGAGACGCAAAUUCAGCACGCCAAAGCCGUACACGCCUCUGGAGAAAAGACAAUGGCCAUCCCAUCUCUUUUCACAGCUCUCCUCGAGUCCGACCUCCCACCUAGCGAACUCUCCACCAAACGCCUGCAGCACGAAGCCAUCUCCGUCAUCGGCGCGGGCAUCGAAACAACAAUGUACACGCUGUCGACAUGCUCGUACCACCUACUCGCCAAUCCUGUGACGCUGGCCAAGCUGUGCACUGAACUCGACGCAGCGAUUCCAGAUGCAAAUCACAUCCCGAAUCUCGACGCGUUGAUGCAGUUGCCGUACUUGACUGGCGUGGUCAACGAAGCCCUGCGAUUCGGCUACGGCACUCCUCAGCGCAUCCCUCGCCUCUCACCAACACCCAUGGUCUACCACACCCCCGAGGUAGACUAUCAGCUCCCUGUAGGCACUAUCGUGAGCAUGGACCAUUACACCGCCUCUCAUGAUCCAAGUGUUUUCCCCGAUCCUUUUGCGUUCAUACCGGAGCGCUGGGCAAACGAUGCAAAGGCGCCAGAUGGAAAGGCGCUAACAAAGUACCUGAUUGCAUUUGGACGUGGAACGAGGAGCUGUGUGGGCAUGCAGCUUGCUCCAUGCUACAUGUUCCUGUACGGCUCACUCAUGGACCCGGAAGUCCUACAAGCGGUCCUGAGCCUCCCAGAACUCCCUACCACACGACCUGCAACCAUUUCUGGCUUCAAAGUCAGAAUGUGGAGUAUAUAUCCAGCGCUCAUACCUAGCGAUGGCGAUGAGAAUGUGUCAGGCGUGGUAUGGAAAGUAGAGAAGGAAGACCACUUCAAGCGUUUGCAGGAGUACGAGACUGGUGCUUACAUCUGGACUUGGUGCGAGGCGACUUUGGAUGACGAUAAGAAAGUCCGCGAGAAGUGUCGGACAUUUUGUUGGGCUGGAGACCCGGAUAGUAAAGAGCUGGAAGAUGGGAGUUUUGAUCUCGCGCGGUACCAGAGGGUACUCAACCCGUCCGUUGUCAAGAAGCGACCUGCAGAGUCAUGA